CUACCUCUCGGCACGCAUACCUCUGCCCAUCUUACAAUUCUCAUUCCUAUCUCAUCGCCCUCCUACCUCACCGAUUUUGCCCCGCCACAACGGGUUUCGAGGUCCGAUUGUGGGCGAGUGGCAUCAGCCUUUAAGCCGCCAGCAACAUGGCGCGCGUCUAUGCAGAUGUCAACGAGCAUAUGCCAAGGUCCUAUUGGGACUAUGAUAGUGUGAACAUCUCUUGGGGCGUUCUGGAGAAUUAUGAGGUUGUGCGCAAGAUUGGUCGCGGAAAGUAUUCGGAGGUGUUUGAGGGCAUCAAUGUCGUGAACUACCAGAAAUGCGUCAUCAAGGUCCUCAAGCCUGUGAAGAAGAAGAAGAUCAAGCGUGAGAUCAAGAUUCUGCAGAAUCUGUCUGGAGGACCUAAUAUUGUGGCCUUGCUUGAUGUCGUUCGUGACAGCCAGAGUAAGACGCCUAGUCUGGUAUUCGAAUACGUGAACAAUACCGACUUCCGUACGCUCUAUCCUCGUUUCGUGGACUACGAUGUUCGUUACUACAUCUAUGAACUUCUGAAGGCACUCGACUUCUGUCACAGCAAGGGUAUCAUGCAUAGAGAUGUGAAGCCUCACAACGUUAUGAUCGACCAUGAACGGCGAAAGCUCCGACUUAUUGACUGGGGUUUGGCGGAGUUUUAUCACAAGGGGACUGAGUACAAUGUCCGCGUUGCAUCAAGAUAUUUCAAGGGACCUGAGCUUUUGGUCGACUACCAGGAGUACGAUUACUCUCUUGACAUGUGGUCGCUGGGCGCGAUGUUCGCUUCGAUGAUUUUCCGGAAAGAACCCUUCUUUCAUGGAAACAGCAACUCGGACCAGCUCGUAAAGAUAGCCAAAGUUCUUGGCACCGAAGAACUCUUUGAGUACCUUGACAAGUACGAUAUUGAGCUUGACCCGCAAUACGAUGAGAUCCUCUCGCGCUUCCCCAAGAAGCCAUGGCAUUCAUUUAUCAAUGCUGAAAACCAGCGAUUCGUCAGCAACGAAGCUAUCGACUUCCUUGACAAGCUUCUGAGAUAUGAUCAUGCGGAACGUCUUACCGCUAAGGAGGCCAUGGCCCAUCCUUAUUUUGCUCCUGUUCGCGCAGCUGCCGCUCAAGGCUCUUCGAACAGUACUCCUUCUCACUCCUAAUGACUAUGAACUAUCAUGAAGAUGCCGAAGUACCUCAUUUACAUCCUCCAUCAGCCCGAGGCCCUGGAGCUGGUAUGAGUGGUAGUCGCUCCUACUUCUCAAUGCCAAAACAAUCGCCGGCGUUCUCAGCUCCCGUUCAAUCCCGAUAUCAUGGUGAAGAGGUCCAAGACGGUUA